AGGAAAUUGAGGUAAUAUUGAGGUAAUUUGACUACCGAAUGUGCACAGAUAACAGACAGGACAGAAUCGUCAAACAUAAUUUAAUCAAACUACCGUUAUUCUGUUAGAAAGAUAGUGGAUAUAACAAAUUGUACUAAAUAUAGACUGUUGUAUAUAAAGUGUGGUUUAUUGAGUUCAACCGUGGUAUAUUUGCUGUGAUAUUUAAAAUAUUAAACAUGCAGAGACAAGUUUCAAGCGUGUUAUUUUCUUACUCAAAUAACAAAAGUGCCAACCAUGAUAGCUGCUUACCGAAAACUAAAGGUGGACCUUCAGCUGCUGCAGGAACAAACAGAAAAUAUACCGAGGGUGAUCACAGAAAAUGUGAUGCUAUUACACAAAAUAAAAUAUGGGCAGAAAAUGUAGAAAGUGAAAAACGAUGUCUGAAAAAUUGGAAAAGUGAUUGGGGAUUUUUAACAGAAUAUGAUCCUCACGGAAAUCUUAAACCCAAAGAAGAGAUGCCGGACAGAGUAGCUCUGUACUCCGAAAAUGUACCAAAUACCAACUCGGCAAACUACGGCAACAGGCUUAACACAGAAGUAGGACAAACGAUGCAAGCCAUGGAGUUUAAAUUCUACAGCGAAAGAAGACGCCGAAAGAUGGGGGACGAUCUCAUUUGUUAUUAAUUUAUAAAUUUAGAGUUUGAUAGUAUUAUAGUUUAUACUUCUACAAAUCAAGAGUACUCACAAUCAUCUCUGCCAUAUUCGAUUUGAAUUUCAAUAGGAGUGAUGAAUUUAAUCAUAUCAUAUUAAUUACCAAUUAAUUCAUCAAUUUUCAUUUAAUAAAUUCAUUGAAAGAUAUAUUUGUAUUUCAUAAAUUUCAUAUUUCAUUGUUAUAUAUACUUAGAGUUAACGAUUAAUUUGAUACUAUUAUAGUCGAAAUCUAAACCCUUUUAACUACAUGACUGUAUUUACAUUGUGUACGGUAUUCAUUGUGUAAUACAAUAAGUUCAAUACUGAAUUACACUAACGAAAAUCGAAAAUCAAAGCAACGAUGCAUGUUAUUUCAUGAAAUGUAAUUAGCGUUAAUUUUUAUUACCAAUGUUUAGGCGAAAUCUAAACUCUUUUAAAGGGACAAUAACACUCUUGCUGGCUUGAAAGCUCCAGAAAAUAAAUAAUAUCUCUAUCUAAGUACUAGAUGUUUAAGUGCCCUACCUGCUGUGUAAAUUAUCCAUUACAUCCUAUUUUACUUGUCCAGAGGGUUCGAAAAUAUUUUUAAAUCGAAGUUUCAUUUGAAAAGGUUUACGUUAGACGUUUCAAACCAUUAUGUUGAAUUUUUCAAAAUUUUUAAAUAAAGUGUUUUAAGAUGAAAUUUGUAUCAUCAAUUAAUUGAAAUAUUCUAAAAUAGUACAAUUUGUUGACCAGAAUAAAGAUUGGGACAUAUUAUUCAGUUACAACAAGAGUGGUAUUGAGCCUUUAACAAUUUACAUUUUGCCACAAUAUAAAUUAUUUACAAUGUAUUCGGUUUGUAUAGGUGAAUUUUUAAUUACAUUUUAAGAGGAUUAUAGGGUUAUGAAAAUUAACAUGUUUAAAAUUUUAUUUCUGUAACGAAAAACGAAGCAAUAGUGCAUGUUACUAAAUAGAUUAUACAAUUUGUUCAUUAUUUCAAAUAAUCCUCUAUCAUUUUUUGAAUAACAGUUUGAAUAACAAUUUAAUUUGAAUGGUUAAAAAGUCCACGAAAUUGAAACUGUGACAAAUCUUAUAUAGCUACAGGGUAGAGAAACUUUAUUAUUUACAGAUUUAUAUAUUUUAUUGUCAUAUUAUUAUAUAUCGUAAUCAAAUUACUAUUGCUAGAGUGCAUGGAUUUAAUCUAUCUCAUCGUCGUCAUAUUGGGUAUACAUAACUGUCUAUUACAGACUAAAAUUUAAAUCUUUUUACGACAAUGGUAAAAUGAUUAUCUCAAAUGGUACACUGUAACAAAAAUUUCCGUGAAAAAACGUAAAAAAUUCCGGAAACAAAAAUUACCAGGAAAAUUUUAUCCGUAUUUGUUUUUCCUGUAAUUUACAGAAAUUCCCUCAAUUAACAUAAAUUCCAUUUUCAAAUACAGAAAAAAAAAAUCCUGACCAUGCGUGCGUGAAUUAGCUUUAUUUAACGUCCGCUUCCACCGAAGUGAUAUCGCAGAUGAGCUUUAAACGUAACCGAUAAUCUUUAAACGUAACCUCUUUUCGCUAACAUAUAUAAGAAUCGAGAGCAAGGUAUCACAAACCGCUACUCGUCAGUGGUUGGAGGCUUUCAGAUGUAAGUUUUCGGUAUUAUCAAUUCGCAGGUAUGUUGACUCUGCCAUAGAGACAAACCGACUUACACUGGCCAACCGGUUGCACUAUCCGGAUUUAAGCGUGCAUGAUUACCAGAUUUUACAACCUUAACACACGUAGCAUUAAAACAUAUUUUUACAUAUCUAUGAAAAUACUUACAAUCUGAUUUCCGUAUGAUGAAUAACAAUACACUUUAUAGAUCUUAUAAAUAAUGGAAAUUAGAUAUACACGUCAAUUAAUAUACCAAACGUUACAAAAUAUGAUUCUUCAUAUUAUGGUUAAUAAAUUGAAAUGAAUACUAUAACAUGAUGAUUAUUAGGAAUGAUUAUAUAUGUAUACUAUUACUUAUCGUUGCACCGUUUAUCCCGUAAAAUAACAGAAUUAAGUCCAUUAUAGAAGGGAAUAAAACAUUUUAUCCCUAAAUUUCACGGAACUUCCUUGUCAUUCCACCGUUUAUUCCGUAAAAUAACAGAAUUAAGUCCAUUAUAGAAGGGAAUAAAACAUUUUAUCCCUAAAUUUCACGGAAAUUUCCUGUCUAAUACUGAAUAAUCCACAGAAAUACAUAAAAUACGUAAUUUGAAGAAAUAAUUCACACUAUUAACACAAGUUCGCCAAAAAAAUCCAUCGAUUAACAGAAAAAAGGUGUUAAAUUACGGAAUUCGGCCACAUAAAAAAUGGAUAUUUUUUACAGUGUAUAGUGAUUAUCUCAAAUAUUAUAAUGAUUGAUCAAAUUCCAUAGUGAUUGUUUCAAAUUCUACUGUGAUUACCUCAAAUGCAUAAUGAUGAUAGUCAUAACUGCUUUAAUGUUACAAAGCGUCACAUGAUUUUAGAGAAAACCAGAGUUAGUGUAAUUUGUAUAGUUUCUAUCAAAAGCAUAUAGAGUUCUAUGCGCCAUAAUUAUAUGUAUUGAAUUUCUACUGUCUCAAUUCGUAUAUUUUUCUCGUUAAAAAAUGUACAAACCUCUAUUUACGAGUUCAUGUUCGAAUAAACACAUUGUCUGAGUUUAAUAUAUAAUUUGCCAGGACCGACAGCUGACCCCGACCUCAUGGUUUUGCGAGAUUUCAAAGUUCGUGAUAUGGAUGUUCAACUGUACUGAAUCGCUAAGACGAGUCUUGAACUGACGAAUAAUCGGACUUGAACACGCGACAAAAUUUAUUCUGACUUAGAUUGUAACCGUAUUAGCCAAAUUUUGAAUAUCAUUUUCAAUUAAUAAGCGUUAAAAAGAAAUCGUUUUUUCGGUCAAAUUCCACCCCGAUUAUAGAAUUUUCUUGAUAUUAAAUGCCAAAACUUUUUCGAGCUUUAGAUAUAAAAAAACCCCAAUUGUUUGGGAUUAUUUCAACAUUAAAAUAGCGAGAAAACUGUUUAUUUAUUUUUAUUCGUUUGAUAUUAAACCUACGUGAUUAUUAUUAUAUCAAUAAUAUUGUAUUUAUUUACACCUAUUUCUUUCAGAUAUUGUCUAACAUUAAGUUAUACACCCGGUAUUACUGUAAAAUGUCUCAAAUAUCUUAUAUCAUUGACCGAAAUGGCAUGAUUGUCUCAAAUGUUACCUUAAUUGUUUCAAAUGAAUGUUUCAAAUGGUAUAAUUAUUAUUUCAAAUGCAAAUGCUUUAAUGACUAAAAUACUAUAUUGAUUGCCUUAUUUAUUAUAGCAUCUGCUAAAUGACUAUCUUUAAUAAUCAAAUACCAUGAUGAUUGUUUGAAGUUUUGAAUUUUUCUUAUGUCAUGCUAUAUUAGACUUAUAUGUUUACAAAUGUAUGUCUCAAAUGUUAUGUUGAUUGUCUAAAAAUACUAACAUACAUAAUUAUGUGUCUCAAUUACUAUAAUGAUUAUUUCAUGUGAUAAAAUGAUUAUCUCAAAUGAUAAAAUGAUUAUCUCAAAUGGUAUAAUGAUUAUCUCAAAUAUUGUAAUGAUUGUUUCAAAUUCCAUAGUCAUUGUUUCAAAUUCUAUAGUCAUUGUUUUAAAUGUAUAAUAAUGAUAGCCACAACUGCUUUAAUGUACCAAAGGCUAUAUCUGAGAAAAAAAUUGUCCGGAUAAAAUAUUUUAGUUAGUUUAAACCUGUUUUUUUGCACCGACAAAACAAUGUACAAUACAUUGGGGAUAAGGACAAAAGAGAUGACUUAACUUAUGGAAUUUUGGGUGAUGUUACCGAUGAAAGGUAGCAAAUUAGGCUGAAUUCAAAAAUUUUAACAAUCUGCCAACCGCCGCAGACAUGUAACGUUUUAACUUUCGACUAACGGGUGCAAACUUUUCAAGGAAUUCAACAAAAUGGAGCUAGUUUCCUGCACAAGCUGGACAAUGAAAGAGUUUAACGGAAUGUUACUGAAAAUGGCUUACUCUAAAUAGGCCGAACUUGGAUGUUCCAUAAUACGAAGAAUCAAAAUUUAGUUUGACCCUGAUAUUAUUCAAAAUUGAUUACAUUUAUUUUUCGUGAUUAGAGUGACAAUUCCUCUUUAAUUAGACUAUCUUCCGAUUCAACAUCUAUUUUAACAAUAUCUGUCUUAACUGUUUGAUGAAUUCUUUUUUAUUUCAGUCUGAAUCCCCUCCGCCUAUUAUAUAAAUCUACAAGUAUACUUGUGAUAUUUUAAAACUUAUUAUAUUUAGUCUUUUCCCACCUUUUAUGCAUAGUUGCUUGAGAUUUUGACAUCUUCAGUUGAUUAAACUGUAUUAUUGCCCUAAGUGUUAAUAUCGAAUCCCAAAAUCUGACCCAGAAAUCUAUUUUGGUCCACAAACCCAGUAAUGCCCCAUUUUAUACAUGCUUUAGCUGUGAUUUUGUACAGAAAAUAAAGUCGUUUAUAUUAAU